AUGUCACCGCCGCAGUCUCCUAGGGGCGACGGUCCUCCACACAUCCGCCUCAAUUCCGGUACCCAAGAAGCCCGUACCGACGAUAACGCGCCGCCUGCUGUGCGACCAAGCACCGCGCGCAAUAACUCGGCCCGCUCAUUAACACAGCCCAUACGCCCCGGCACUGCCUCGAGUGCGGCCCUGCGCUCAGCAACAGGAUCCUCGCUCUAUAAACAUGAAGGCAUCGCCGAGUCGGCCGAGAUGCUGCUCCCGCCAAGGAAGCUCAAGGGGGGUGCUGGUGGCCACUAUCGCGACGAGUCACCAAUGUCGUCGCGCCGGACAAGCUGGAGUUCCGAUGCCACACGCGACUCGGGCGGCCCCUUUGCCUCGCCAUUCGACGACUCGAGAGCCCCGUCGCGCGCGGGGAGCGAAGAGGAUUUAAACACACAGACCGUGUCGGAGAAGUUCAACAUCCUGCCCUCGGCGGGGCUGUUGCUGUUCCCCGAAGAUGUCGAAAAGGACGACUAUCUGCACAACCCAGAUCCCAACGACAAGGACAAGCUAGAGUGCGACGUCUGGAACAGGAGAGGUCUCGUCAACCUUGGCGGACUCGCCCUACUCACCAUUGGGCUUCUUUUCCUGUUCAUCGGCUAUCCUGUAAUGACUUUUGUCGACAAAAUGACCAAACCAGUAAGAGGUCCUUGUACGAACAACCCGUUGUGUAUAAAAGGAAAAGAGAACGAGCCUUUAUUCAAAAAUCUACGCACGGGUCUAAUCGACCCCGACACACCAGCGAGCGCCAUGACACGGACAUCAGCCGAUGGAUCGAAACAGGUCCUGGUCUUCUCAGACGAGUUCAAAAAAGACGGACGCACGUUUUACGAUGGAGAUGAUCCCUACUUUCAAGCUGUAGACAUUUGGUACGGCGCUACGCAGGAUUUGGAGUGGUAUGAUCCCGAUGCAGCUUACACCGAGAAUGGUACACUCAACCUCAAGUUUGACCUGUUCAAGAACCACGGCCUCAACUAUCGAUCUGGUAUGGUUCAGUCAUGGAACAAGCUGUGCUACAAGGGCGGCCACCUGGAAGCCAGUAUAUCGUUACCUGGUCGCGGUGACGUCAGUGGGUUCUGGCCUGGUUUUUGGACCAUGGGUAACCUCGCCCGUCCUGGCUAUCUUGGCUCGACCGAAGGCCUUUGGCCGUACAGUUACCAUGACGAAUGCGACAUCGGCAUCACGCCAAACCAAAGCUCAUAUGAUGGCCUCAGUUAUCUGCCUGGAAUGAGACUGCCAGCUUGUACAUGCAAAGGCGAAGACCAUCCCAAUCCUGGCAGGUCUCGAAGCGCACCGGAGAUUGAUGCCUUGGAGGGCUCAGUCCACUUUUUGGGUCCUGGCGAAACCAACGCUGUCGGAGUCGUCUCCCAAUCCUUCCAGGCAGCGCCAUUUGAUAUCUGGUAUAUGCCCGACUACAACUACUUCGAGGUUUAUAAUACCCAGAUCACCAUGAUUAACGCUUACAAGGGUGGACCUUACCAGCAAGCUAACUCAGGGCUAACCAACCUGAAUACCGACUGGUACAACGGCAAGCAGUACCAAACGUACUCGUUCGAAUACAAGACUGGCAAAAACGGCUUCAUCACGUGGUAUGUCGGCGAGGACAAGACCUGGACAAUGAAGGCUGCAGCGACACGGCCCAACGGCAACAUCGGCACGAGAGUGAUUCCCGAAGAGCCCAUGGCCAUCAUCGCCAACUUUGGCAUGUCGAACAGUUUCGCCGCCAUCAACCUCGACGAGAUUCAGAAGGACUUACCCGCUGUUAUGCGGGUUGACUACAUCCGUAUAUACCAGCCGGAGAACAACCAGAUUGUAACCUGCGAUCCCGAUGAUUAUCCCACCACGGAGUAUAUUGAGAAGCACCCGGCGCCAUAUGCGAAUCCUAACCUCACCAAUUGGGCAGGAACAGGAUUCGACUGGCCGAAGAACUCCUUCAUGCAUGACUGCAAGUCAUAA